GUACGUUGUAUUUUGUAGCAUUGAAUUGUCACGAAAAAGGCAACAAGAACUCCAUGAUUAUAUCCUCUCCUUUCCAUUUUUGGCUGGCCAAUUGAAUCAAUCCACUCUUCAUACACCCCAAUAAAAGCAAAAGCUUCUGACUCUCUCACAGGAAAAGCUUUCAAGCAGACCACUCUUCCUCCAUUCAAAAAAUUUUGCCAACUUUACUUUUGUAUUGUAGUACUCUUCUUGCUUUAUACUGGUAAACUCUUUCUCAUCAUUCUGUCAGAAGAAAAAUGAAAUUUAGUGCUAGUAGAUUCUUCAAAAUUCCCUGUUUGAUUUAGACUCUACUUUUCCAUUCCUUUGUCUUCUUUUUCUCAGUACUACUACUGCUGUAUCUUCCAAUUCUUUACUUUUCCAUUUCCCUCCCAAAAUUCAUGCCUGAAACUUUCUUUUCCACUCCUGACAAAAACCCACCUUUUUUUGCUUUUAUUGGGGGGUUACCACCUUCCAUUCAAUCUAUUUUGGCCUGAAUUGAAAAGGGUUGUAGGAAUUUUUGUUAGACUCGUUCAAAAGAUUAGAUUUUUUAUUUUCUUGCUGUCAUUUUGUUUUAUGAUUAGUUGCAUGGGGGGAGGGGGAAAAGUGGAGGUGAUAAGCAGUAAAGGGUGUUCAAGGCUGGUUGCAGAGAUUUCAACUUCAUUUUCCUCAUUUAGAGGACACGGGUUCCAAUCCUCUGCAAUGGAGCCUAUGUCCCCUGUCUCAGUUGCCUCCGGAGUUGAUGAAUCCGGCCGCAAAAACCGGCCCCGGGGACCCUUUUCAGGCCUUGUUAUUUGUGUUACUGGACUUUCCAAAGAAGCUAGGGCACAAGUGAUGGCUGCAACACAGAAAUUGGGUGGUGAAUACAGCCCACAUUUGCAUCCUCAAUGUACUCAUCUGGUUGUUCAAAGCUUUAGUGGACGGAAGUUUGAGCAUGCUUUGAAACAUGGGUCAAAACUUGGUCUUUCUGUUGUUACACUUGGAUGGUUUGUAGACAGUGUCAGAAGGAAUGUGAGGUUGAGUGAAACACUUUAUAGUGUUAAGACCAUUGGAGAAGGUGUGGCCGCAGAUGAUCUGAACCGGCUAGUUCACAAUAUGGGUACUGAGAAGUCUUGUCUUCCCUUUGGUUCACUUGAGUACACUGAUAAUUCUAACAUGACUGGAGGGCCACAACUUCACUUUCCUGAGAGAGAGUCCAAAAGAAGAAACAUGAGUUCACUGCUGUCUGGUUAUUCCUUUUACAUUGAUGCAGAUGUGUCUGCUGAGCUGCAGAGUAAGGUUGUUGAAGCUGCUUCAGGUGAAGGUGCUAACUUGGUGGACCAGUGGUAUGUUGGUUGCAGUGCUAGUCAUGUAGUUUGUGAAGGACCUUCAGUUGGAAAAUAUCUUGGUCAUUCAAAUAACAUCGUUACACCGCUGUGGGUUCUGAAGACUGCAAAGGAAAAACGUCUGCAGAGGCUUGUUCACAUUUCUGCUGAUUUGGCUAGGCAAACUGCAACCACAAUUGAUGCUAUUCAAACCGGCACUUGCAGGGAGAAAUUUGGUGGGUCUAUUUGUCUUCAAGAUGCACCAACUUCCAUGCUAAAAGUCAGCCACGAAGAACGACAGAAGAUUAUUAACCUGGCCAAAGACUGGGUUAGGAAACGCCGUAAUUGCCGAAUGCAGACAUGCCAAACCCCAAUGCGUCCAAUUAACCCGAGCAGCCUUCUGGAUUCUGUAUGCUGGUCAAUAUCUGAACCAACUUCAUCUGCCACUAUCUAUACUGAGUCUUCCAGUGUAGAGGAUGCCAAUGACCAAGAUACAUUUGUCUUCUUUGAUGCAAAGGCAGAUGGAAAAGAAUCUGAAGCAUCAUUUGUCAACUUGUCUCGACCGCUUACAGAAAGUGAGAAGUCUGAGUUAAUAUUCAAGAGCCACUUCCUUACCAUAUUAUUCCCCGUUGAUCGAUUUUCUGAGAUGGGACCCUGUUCGAGGACAUUUUUCAGUGAUAAAGGCUUUACAUGUUUGCAGGUGUUGGAUCACAUCUAUGCAUUCUAUCAGGAAAACAUGUCAGCUGCAGAAGUAGAGGUUGCCCUUCAUACUGAUUCCAGACAUGCUGACCGGCUGCGAUCAGUGUAUUCUAGUAAAACAACUGCAGAGCGUGGUUAUUUGGAAUUCAAGCGGAUUGACUUUUUGGGAAGUCGUAAAAGUUUUGAAAUGUUGAAGCGUGUGUCGGGGGAUAAUAACAGUAAUGUUUAUGAGUUGUUAAUCAGAGCCUAGGUCACACUUGAGAAACUGCUGAACUUGGUUUGUGAAGGUGGUGGCAACUAGUGCUGGUAUUUCAACUGAUAAUAUAAGUCAGUGCUUGGAAAACAGGUCAAGCUGUCAAUCGCAUCAGCAAAGCAGCUUUUGAAACCAUGUGAAUGCCAACCAUACCAUAUCAUGCCACUAGUCUGUUGUUUUUUGAUCAGUUUGAACUUUCAUAUGAUGGCCUCAAUAUGUACAUAUGGUUCUGCUAUGUAGCCUCACUUUUGAAGGCGAAGAGAUGUAAGAUUUCAAUGUUGUGUUGUUCGUUUGGUUUGAAAAUAGUGAUCAAAUGAAAUUGUUUAGACAUAUACAGUUCUGCUUAGGGAUAACCAUGAAAAACGAAAGGUAAAUAGUAUAUCUGUAUUGGUUCAAUA